AUGGCGCCCACACACCUCAUCAUCGUCUGCUGCCACGGCAUCUGGCUUGGCGGAUCAACUCACGGUGCCGACGAAGCCGAGUGGCUCAUUGCCGACUUUCAGCGCGGCGAGACCCCCACCUUUAUCCAGCACGUCAAGGCUGGCGUGGAGGCCCUCGCCCCUGACCGGUCCGGCUCUACGCUGGUGUUUUCAGGGGGCCCUACACGCAAGGAGACGGAGAUAUCCGAAGCCCAGAGCUAUGCAAACAUCGCUGUUGAGCACGACCACUGGGGACUCUUGCAGGAUGGACCAUCCGACGACGAGAUCUUGGUAGAGGAGCGAGCACUAGACUCCUACUACAACGUCCUCUUCUCAUUAACACUUUACUACUCCAAAUUCAAAGCAUGGCCUUCAAAGAUGACCAUCGUGAGCCAUGGCUUCAAAAAGGAACGACUCGUCGACGGACACUGCGCAGCCAUUGGAUUCCCAUUGGACCGCGUCUGCUUUAUAGGAAUCGAUCCACCAGGAAUGGUUGCCGCUGCCGCAGGAGCUUCUGAUGGAAACGAUAAAGAAGAGGCCAUCAAGGGUGUUGGGUUGGCAAUGGGCGAGUGGAGGAGUGAUCCUCAUGGACGAGGAGAGAGCUUGGCUGGGAAGAGAGCAAAGAGGAACCCCUGGGGAGUGAGCCAGGGUGUAUUCCCGGAUGAAAAUUCAAGAUGGGGAUGA